GCCCAGUCAAGCGCGAGAGAGAGACGACGGGGAAGGCGGAGCGGGGAGAGUGAGCGAGCGGUGCAGGCUCAGCAGCUCGGGUGGUGGUGCUCUUGGCCACGGACGGACCGGUGAUGCCGAUGGGACAUGGUAUGAACCUGCAUCGCCUCGAUCUCGCGGUCCCGUAGCUGUCGCUGUUGCACUACCCUCGGUGGUUCUGUGUGUGAUGAGGUCGAGCGCCUUUCCCGGAGCUCUUCGGAUUCACCGCGUGUUCCAUUCUGUAAGUUUUUGAGCUGAGAGGCAUCCGAAGUGGAAGAGAAUUCUGGGUGAUGACUUUAGAGGGACCAGGAUGAGCGCCAGGCGUGGGAUUGAUUGUGGAGUGAGAGGUGGAGAACUGAAUUGAAUUGAAUUGAGUGUUUGUGUUCGUUUUGUUAAAAUUAGGUUAAGCGUGGGUUGGUUGGUAUUGGAGUUGGAGUUAGAGGAUGUGGUCCACCAUGAGAUGGUGAAGGAGGGCGAUGAUUGAUGUGGAGGUGGUGGAGGGCUAGGGGGGUGGGAGGAUUGGAGGCAGGGGAGGAGAGGAUGGGAAGGGGGUGAGGCAGAGAGGAGUUGCAGGACUUGAGGAGUUUUGGAAUGGCAUCAAGAAUGGGUGGGAGAUAAGGAGAGGAUGCUGAUGCAUUGGUAUGGGAAAGGUCGUUGAGAGGGUUUGUGAGGUGGUGAUGGCAUUGCGGACGAGCAGAUGUUUGAGAGGAGCAGCAGUGGUGACGUGAAGAGAAGGUAUUGUGUAAUUUUAGGUGUGAAAGAAAUCAGUGACUGCUAAUUGAUUUUGGAGGAUGGUCGCUGCGGUAGCGUCUUCGUCCCCUUCUGCCCCUGUGGACAAUGUACUCGAGGCUCAAAUAGAGAGGAAAAAAGAAGGGAAAAAUGUACAGAAUUAUGGAGGACUUCCGCCAGCAGAGAAGGUCAAAGUGGUCCGUAAAGCGCGAACAAUGGAGAUCACAUCCCGGUACAAGACCGCAACUACUGCUCUUCACACUCCAGUAACACCUGCCAGUCGCCGCCCCUCACCAAUCAGACAAUCUUCUCCUUCUCGUCAACCGUCACCAGUUCGGAAUAGGAGUUGUAGUUCUAAUUCCAGCAUUGUAGGAGCUUCAGAAUGCCUCCUUCGGCACCCAUCCCCUAACUUGGGGCGCAGUAACAAUGUACCGGAUGUCACUAAGCGUGCUCUCUCGGCGGAGAGGACCAGACGUCCAUGGCCUGCUGCUAUUUCGUCGGAGAGCAAAUCGACCUCGAUGAGCUCCACAGCUGUCGGAUUGGCUUCCAGCAUUAAGUCUCGUCCUCAUUUCAGAGGUCCUGAAUUAUGGCCAUCCAUGUCUGCAUCCAAGCAGGGUGCGGACUCCAACGGUGAUAGUGCGAGUGAUCGGAGUGACUGUCUGUCAGAGGGGGGAAGUGAGAAAGAGGCGAUUAGCAAAACUUUGAAUAAUGCCCCAAGACCUGCAGCAGAUGGAAAUGGUAUUGGGAAGAUUUCAGGGUCUACCUCUCGGCCAGGUUCUCCUAUGCGGCGUCAGAGCAUUGAUCAGUCCGAUACUGCCCGGUCUACAGAAAAUUCUCAUUCCAAGCCAGACCACCAGAGAUGGCCUGGUAUGAGCACAGUGAAGGUAUCAAGUGGCGCCAUGAAUAGGAGUGUGGAUGUUGGUGUGGAUAGAGAACGACCUCUUGCACGAUCGACAACAACGACAACACCAACUCGUUCUGGAACGCCUUCUUCGCGAAUUAAGGCUGCCAUUUCUCGCAGUUACAUUCGAUCUGGUUGUAGCGACGGGUCAGUUGCUCCAUCCAGUCAAGUAGCGCCAAGACGCAAUCCUACUCCUCCUAGGGGUAGAACGGGGACGACGGAGAGUGUCGCCCAGGGAACUCUGGCCAACAGCAAUGGUAAUGACGAUUCUGCGCAUCCAAGUGGCAAUGGUACAGGUGGAGGGGAUCAUGCUAGUCAUGCCCGACGGCUUUCACAGGAAUCAGUUGCAACGGCAGAUUCUCUUUCUAGACCUGUUGAUAACGUGUCUGAUACUGAGAGUGAGAGCGUGAUUUCAGCUGGUUCUGCACCUGGGAGUCGAGUUGUUCGGGGAACCACUGUGCCUGCCCGUGUGUGGCAGGACAUGAACAAUAGAUUACGACGGUUCUCUGAAGGAGAUCAAAAUCGGACAUCAGGUGCGUCUGAUCUUCCAGCAGUUGCCAUUGCCCCUGUUAAGACUGUUAGACGUUCGAAAGUGGUGCCCCACCAAUCUGCUGUGAGCACGCUCAUGAAUCAGAGUAUGAAUCAAAGUAUGAACGGGAGUACGUCUGCGUGGGCAUUUUCUCCUGGUCGGCUGCCAGUCAAUUCCUCCUCGUCAACCCCACACCCACCUUCUUCACCUUCACACUCGAAGGGUACGUCACCUCUAAGAGGGUUGCCUAGUCCGCAGAGGUCACGGCCUGUUCCUGGAGCCGCUGUAGCACUGGCAGGAUCUGCCCGUAAUUUAGGAAGCACCACAGUGAAUUUCGGAAUUGAUGGUAGAAAUAAAGGGAAAAAGGUGUUGACGCAACAGGAAGAGGCUCAGCUCUUGAGGAUUCUUCACAAUCGCUGGCUGCAAUGGCGCUUCGUGAAUGCCCGAGCUGAAGCUGUAAUGAGUGCGCAGAAAGCAGCUGCCGAGAGGCAGCUAUACAAUGUUUGGUUGAGAACAUCGGAGUUGCGCACAUCAGUAGCUAUGCAGCGAAUUAAACUCCAGCAAGCCCGGCAGGCUCACAAGCUACGCUCUAUAUUGUCUGUACAUGCAAUCCAUUUGGAAAAUUGGGAAACCCUAGAGGAAGAGCACUCUAAUGCACUGACGGGAUGCAUGGAAGCCCUAGAAUCUGCAAUUUUGAGAGUCCCAGUAACAGGAGGUGCCCGGGCCGAUGUGCAUGCUGUAAAAGAAGCUCUUAACGCAGCAGUGGAUGUGCUGAAUGCAGUUGAAGGAUCUGUUCAUGUCCUUUUACCAAAGACUCAGGCAAUGGAAGCCUUAUUAUUACAGUUGGCAGAGACAGCAGCACAAGAGAGGGCUUUGCUAGAGGAGUGUGGAGACCUCUUAUCUAUAGCUGCUUCUUUGGAGGUAGAGGAGCGUAGUUUGCGCACACACCUUAUUCAACUGGAAAAUGAGAGACAAAGCUUGUUCAAAGCUUAACCUACGAAUACGUCUUCCUCAUCAUACCUGUCUACGCCAUAAGGGUAUUUUUCUUUACUUGAUCGAACAAUGCCCACGACGGGGCCCAGAGCCUGCUGCCUCCCACUUGGGAGAAACCUCCCAAGCUCUGACGAUUUCAACUUGACAAUGAGACCCCAACCGCUUGAAUUUCUUGCUCAGACAGAUCAAUGCAGAGAAACUGGGAGGCGGUUUUAUAGCUAAGUGACUGUUCGAAAUCCUCUCUUGCUGCAUUAUGGAUGGAAGGACCUGCGCUUUCAAGCCUCACUGAGAGCUUUAUUCAUGUAAAAUAUGCUGAUCAACGAAGGCCGUUCUUCCCUGGGUGCAGGCUACUCAGUCGGACUUGGGUAUUCUUCUUGUCAUAUAACCUGCUUCUCGAUUUGUAGACUAGAGACCGUAGAUUGAUUCGUGCCCUUGGUAUAUGGCUAUUUGCCAGAGAGAUUAACUCAUCGAUUUGGCUUUUCUAAUGUAUCUAUGUUCAUUACACGUGAGAAGCCCGUUCUUUCCCUUUGAU